AGGUUGAACAGCGCCCCCUGCCGACACUUGGUGCUAACGGCAGGCCAGUUUGACAAAUAGCUAAAGUCUAAUAAAGUUUUUUGUAUCAGGUCCAGUGAAAGAUGGCGGCCUUAGCAACCACAGGAUCUGCAGAUAAACAUUACUCGACAGAGGAAGACUCGAGACUCCAACAGGCCCGUAAGACAUCCCCUGUCUGCAGUGACGGUGUGGAUCCCGCACACAAAGCCGCGCUGUUCUUCAGGGAAGCCCACAGGAACAAGAGGCAGAUUGAGAAGUUGGAGAAGGAGAGGACGCUGGGUGUUCAGUGCAGAAAGAACGGCUGGUCUGAUGUGUCCACAGAACUGGAAGAGUAUGAGAAAGUGCUGGAGGAAAGGAGAAGUGCAGAGAAGAUUAACCUUAAUAAACAGCUGGUGACGAUUCAUAAUGGAGUGAGAAGAUUUCAGAGGCAGCUUAUUGAUGUAAAGCCAACUCCUGAGUUGAUUGAAAGACUCAAGGAAAUAAUGUCAGAAGUGGAAACAUCAAUCAAUGCCCUAAAAGAGGAGCAGCAUUCAUGCUUGGAGGAACUUUUGAAGGAGGAGAAGACAUGCAAGCAGGAGAUAACUGCUUAUGAAAAGAAGCUUGAAAACUGGAGUCUUGUUGUGAACUCAGAGCCAAAAUUAACCACAGCUCAGAAGACUAGACCCCUGGACAGAGACGUCCCUGCAGAAGUCAGAGCCCUGGAGGUUUUCCUGCAGAAGACAGGAGGCAUUUAUGGUGGCUGGGACCAGUAUGACCACCAAGCCUUUUUGAAAGUCUGGACAAAGCACAAUGGGCAUCCAGCCUAUAAAAAAGAAGCCAAACUGUACCUUCCUGGUAAAACAUUAGAGGAGAUAGAACAGCAUGAGGACUGGCAUCAAAAACUGAUCUGCCUCCAGGACAGGAAGAGAGAGGCUAUUCAGCGGUGGAAAGCCAGCAAACAUCAGGAACGCCAAAACAGAUUGCAGCAACAGGAGGAGACAGAGCAAGCAGAAAGAAGGGAGAAGGAGGCUAAGGGCCAGGUCCAGCAACAAAGAGCUGAGGAGGAAAGGAGGGAGGCAGCACUAAGACUGGAAGAGUGGAGGGAAGAGAAGAAAAGGAAGGAGGAACAGGAUGAGCAGCAGAGACUGUCUGAGGAGAUACAAAGGAGGAGGCUGGCAAAGGAAGAGCGUCGUCGCCAGCUCGAAGUGAAGCUUACCAUUGAGGAGCAGCUAAGAUUGAAGAGAGAAGAAGAUGAGGAACAGAAGAGGAAAAGGAUGGAGGAAGAACAGAGGGAGAUGGAGGAGAGAAGAAGAGAGGCAGCAAAAGGCAUCAGACGCUUUAAUGAACGGGAUCUUCAGAAAGUGGAGGCAAAGCUUCAGGAGAAAUUGUUGAGAGAAAAAGAGGAAGAGGAAAGACAAAGGAGAAUUGUUGCUAAGUUAAAAGAUAAGGUGGAUGGUCACAUCAGCAGAGACCCCUCCAGGCUUACUCGUCCCACUAAAGGGUGGGAGGAACGAAUGAAACAAGUUGGACCUUCAGGAGGAGGACCUGUCCUUCACAUGUUUCACAGAGCUGUUCCCACCUGGAGACAAGGCUUGUGAUGAGAAACAAUAAAAGCAAGCUGAACUACCCUGACAUGUCAUAUCUUAUGCUGAUAUACACAUAAAGCUGGACCUUCAAGCUGCACAGUGCCUUUAAAUAAAUCUGCAAUGUGCUUCUGUU